GAAUCAUAUUCCUAGGAGGGACCAAACGAGCCCUUAGAUCAUUUGCAUGGGUUCCCUUUAUAAAUGGUAAGAUUAACUAUUUUCAAAGUCAGCAUACCGUAAAAUUGAAGGAUUGAAGGUCGAUUUGUCAGAUGAAGUCAGAUUAACCUGCCAAGUAUCAAAGCAAUGACCUAUUCAGAGAAAAUGUAUCCAACAUAUGCUGGGAAAAAUAAUAAAUAUGAGAUAAGCGUUUUUUACUCAAAUAUUUGAAUUCAGAUUAAGUUUUAGGUCCGAUCAUAUUACGGUCCUUCAUCAUAUUUUUGUGCCCAGCUGGCUCGCUUACCGUUAGACUCGAAGUAGACUUCAACGAACCACGCCCAGUAGGUGCUGGAGGAACAAUUGUGGAAUAAACUCCAGGAAUAUUUGAAAAAGAAAGCCUAAUUGCAGCUCUCGAGUCUCGACCUCACGGCAAUUUGGUUCAAGUCACCUGCGGGCCGCCGUUUAACUUCUUUUAGCAUGCCAACGAUUACUCCAAAGUGAGCCUAUUUUUGUCAUUCGCGGUUGUUUACACGCUUCUUGGGCUGGACAAGGUUGAGUGCGAAAUUUUGCGGCGCUACACGAACCCCCAAACCCAAAGCCCGCUGGACCAUCUCUCUCUCUCUCUCUCUCUCCCUCUCUCUCCCAACAGAAUUCCAUCCAAACUCCCACCCAUUUCCCACUCCAUCCCCCCAUCUACUCCCAAAAGAGACCCCAAUGCCCCCCGGCCUACGCCCCCGCGUCCUUCCUUUCAAGAAAAUGGCCAUGAAACCCUCCCCAUCUCCCUGCCUUCCCACCCAAUUCCUUCUUUUCCUCCUCCUCCUCCUCCUCCCCUCUCGGGGCGAAGCCUCUCCGCAGCAAGGGCCGACGAGCUACGCCCGUUUCACAUUCGACGCCACCAUGUUCCCGACGGAGGCCGACUACGACUACAUCGUUGUGGGCGGCGGAACCGCCGGGUGCCCCCUCGCCGCCACACUCUCGGAAGGCCACCGCGUCCUCCUCCUCGAGCGCGGCGGCGCUCCCCAGGAGUUCCCUUCACUAAUGAACCAAGAAGGAUUCCUCCGGACCCUGGUGGAAACCGACGCCUCCGACUCCCCUUCCCACGCCUUCACCUCCGAGGACGGCGUCCCCAACGCCCGCGGCCGCGUCCUCGGCGGCAGCAGCGCCAUCAACGCCGGCUUCUACAGCCGCGCCCACCGAGGCUUCUUCGAGAACUCCCCCGCCCACGACUGGAACAUGGCGCUGGUAAACAAGUCCUACGAGUGGGUGGAGCGGGCGGUGACGUUCCAGCCGGUGCUCCGGAGCUGGCAGUCAGCCAUCCGCGACGGGCUCCUGGAGGCCAACGUCACGCCGUACAAUGGCUUCACCGUUCACCACGUCGCCGGCACCAAGAUCGGCGCCUCCACCUUCGACUCCUCCGGCCGCCGCCACAGCGCCGCCGAUCUCCUCAGCUUCGCCAACCCUGACAAUAUCCGGGUGGCCCUCCGUGCCAGCGUCGAUCGGAUCUUGCUCAGCUCCCCUCACCCCGGCUCCCGGCGGCGGAACCAGCACGCGGCGAUCGGGGUGGUGUACCGGGACCGGUUCGGAAGACAGCAUCACGCGAUGACGCGGCCCGGCGGGGAGGUGAUCCUGUGCGCUGGGGCGCUGGGGAGCCCCCAGCUGCUGCUUCUAAGCGGGGUGGGGCCCCGGGCCUACCUCGCCUCGUGGGGGAUCCCCGUGGCCCUCCACAACCCUGACGUGGGCAACUGCCUCUACGACAAUCCCCGCAACGGCAUCUCCAUCAUCCCCUCCGUCCCGCUCGACCACUCCCUCAUCCAGGUGGUGGGCAUCCCCGAGUCCGACGCCGCCGACGCCUCCUUCCUGGAGGCCGCCUCCAACGUCGUCCCCUUCUUCCCCCCCUCCCGCUCCGUCUUCCUCCACGACCCGGCCUCCCCGCUCUACGUCACCGUCGCCACCCUCAUGGAGAAGGUCCCCGGCCCCUUCUCCGCGGGAUCCCUCCGCCUCGCCUCCCUCGACGUGCGGGAUAACCCCCUCGUCCGUUUCAACUACUUCUCCAGCCCGGAGGACCUGGCCCGGUGCGUGGCUGGGGUGCGGAGGCUCGGGGACGUCCUGGGGUCCCGCUCCAUGGAAGAGUUCCGCCGGGUGGGCUGGUGGGGGAGGCGGGAGUUCAGGUUCGUGGGCCCCGGGCUGCCGGCGAACCGGUCCGACGAGGCGGCGGUGGCCGAGUUCUGCCGGCGGACGGUGAGCACGUUAUGGCACUACCACGGGGGUUGCGUCGUGGGGAAGGUGGUGGACGGGGAGUACCGGGUGACGGGUGUUGGCUCCCUCCGGGUGGUGGACGGUUCCACCUUCUCCGUCUCCCCCGGGACCAACCCCCAGGCCACCCUCAUGAUGAUGGGCCGGUAUAUGGGGCGCAAGAUGAUCGAGGAGAGGAGAAGUAGGAGGAGGAGGAGGAAAGCAUCAUCGUUGGCGCCUCAUGCCUGAAAAGUGCCAGCCUCAACCGCGUUCCGGUCUCUGCUGCCUGUUGUAUUGUAUUGUGUUGUACCCUGCUCUCGGUCUUUCUUCCCUAUCCCUCUCAGGGGCGGUACAAAAGAAUCCUCCUUGGAUUCCAUUCAGGUGUUUGUUUUUCACCAAAUUUUUCUUUUAAUACUCCACGCUAACAAGGAGAGGGAGGGGGAGAGAGAGAGAGAGAGAGAGAGAGAGACGGUAAUCACAUUUCCAAAUUGCAGAAUGUAAAAUGUUAAAAGUUGCAGCGACCUUCAGCUGCCAACUACUUUCCUGACCUUCAGUUACCAACUACUUUCUGAGCAAUCACAUGUUAAGCUCUGCAAUUACAAUAUACUUUUUGGUGCGGUACCA